GUCCUUUUUCCCUCCUUGCUGCCCCGUUUUGGACCGGCUGUAUCCAAGUAUAUCGGUCUACCGGCUGAAAUCGGCUGCAAUCGAGGUGAAACACCCGUCGGACUCCUCGCUCUGUCAGGCGGCCUUAUUCUCACGUUUCCCUCUCGAGCCAACCGGCGAAUCAUCGCGUUUCGGCGUCAGGAGCAUCCUCCAUCGGCGGUUGGACCCGUCGGCAAUGGCAACUCACCGUCUCACAUGAGGCAAGUGCAGAAUCAGUCUGCUGAUAUGCUGCCGCCACCGAAGGCCCAGCCCGGCUUCCCCGGGCCGCUUCCCGCCUCUUCUGUCGAUACGACGCUGCAUGGGGGCCAGCAGAUGUCCGCCGCGGCGCUUUUCGGUCCGGGACCGGCCGGCAAGGCGGCGCAGGUUAGCGAUAAAGUGGAAGAGAUGGUGGAGGAAGAGGUGCCUGGCGAAUCGGACGAGACGACUGCGGGGAGCGAGGAGGGAGGUGAGCCAGCCCGUUAAGGCAGCAAUAUUGACAUGGUGGAUGAGAAGUUGGUGUGGCGGGGCUUGGGUGUGUGUGUGGUGUCGUUUUGCAAUGCAGGUUAUGCUGUGUUUGUUGAUUCCAAGGAUAAGUACCUGGCCGACUCGCCGCACUUCUUUCAGAAGAAGUUCGCGGACGGCAAGAACUACUGGGGCGUUGUCGCGUGGAAGGUCAGACUCCUCAGAAAGAGAGCACACCAAAAGUUGGAGAGAGAAGAAGGCAAUUUUUCCUUUUGGUGGGCUGUGUAUACGUUGUGUGCAGGAGCCGCGUUCGUGGAAGGGGAAGGAGCAGUUGAUGUACCAGGUCAUCUAUGCCGAUGGCGAUGCAGAGCACAUGGACAAGAGCGAACUCAAGUAUGCAAAUGCAAUGCACACAAUACAGCCGUCGCACCAAAUGCAUCUUCGUCCAUUCUUCCCGUAGGCGUUGUUCGGAGGGCCGCUCCCGCUCGGGUGCCCGUCGCCGCGCCCCGUCCAUGCCGCCCUCCCUGGCCAGCGUGUUCAAGGAGAUCCGCGAGGCGGCCAUCCAACUCAAGAAGGAUGGCAUCACAGGUGCGUCACAAUACAUGCACUCCUCCGAUCGCCAUUCCGUCUGUUUGUUGUCUGCUGUAUGCAUGUGCUCAGAGGAGGAUCUCCUGCCGCUGAGGGAAGCCACGGCCGAGAUCGAGAUGAAGCGCAGACGCACACAGGCGUUCAUGCCUGCCAGGCAGCACACCACCCGCAGCGCCGCCCGGCAGGGAGGGAGCCGCAAGAGGGGGCCCUCCGGCACACCCAAGAAGCAGCCCCGGACCAACAACACAGCCAAGCGGCAGAAACCCCCGCCCAUUCCAUCCGAUCGCCGCGCACAGAACCGCCGCAGGGCAACCGAUGCGGCCUCUGUGCCUCCCCGGUCAGACAGGGGGCGGGCGAGGGCGGCUGGUCGGAGGCGGCAGUGGGAGAAGGAGCUGCCGAUGUCGUGUGACGAUGUGUGUGUCGACGCGUGUGUGGAUGGCGGCGGGGGGCAGGGGGACGGCGGCCUGAGCGUUGAGGUGGGCGUGUGUGGUGGUCGCGAUGAUACGUGUGGCAAUGGGGGUGACUCCGAGAAGGACGGCCCUGGGGUGGUGGCUGUCGAUCUGGAGGACCAUUCUCAGGAUCAGACGCCCGCCAGCAAAGCCGAUGUGCUCGUAGCGAAGGGUGCACCCGUGCUGCAGGUGGGGUGGAUACACAUGGAAUAUACACACGGACAGAGAGACACCCACCACAGCUAUUUGUGCAUGUGGUUGGUGCAGGCCGGUGCGGGUUUGUCGAUGCGGGCGGUGAAUGCGUUUGUGGAGUACCACGGCGGCCACCCCUUCAGCCAGUCCUUCUGGACGGUCGACGCGCUCAUCGGCAUGGCACAGCGGAGCGACCACCACAGGGUGAGCUCGUGGGGGUGACCACAUACACACCAUGGACGCAUCCAUCCAUCCAUCCGUCCAUGUGUGCGUGUGUGUGUGUACGUCUGUGUGCACUGCAGACACGUGAGAUGAUCGCUCAGCCCUGGUGCCCACCGGAGAGGCGCGACUGGAUUGUGUCCCGCCUGUUUGAGGUGCUGCUCGAGCACGACCGCAUGAUAAACACCCCCACCCACACCAACGACGCAGACACCGACCACACAUCCCCAUGUAAAAAGAGGGAUCCCAAAGCGGAGCCCUACAUCGAGAUGGAAGUCGACACGUGAUUAGUUCACCAAGUACAUAUACAUCGACGCGUCGCGUGCAUGGACGGCUGCUUAAUGGGAC